CCGAGGCUGCAGUCAAAAGUGUUGGUGUUUCAACCACUACAUCUGCUGAAACUUUCCAACCUUUUGUUUUGCCACAUUUGACCUCAACACCGUUGAAGGAUUUAAGGCCAACAAAAAGAGCGCGCCUUGAACUGGAAGGGGAGGAAACUGAUUCAUUUGAGGUCACUGAUCAGCAUGACACAACAUACGAGCCUGCAGAGUCGGUCACCACUGUCACAGAGUCAUCACAACUUCAAUGUACAUCAACGCAGGAGGAUGCAAAAUACAUUGUAUUUGAAAACUGCCUCCUGCAACUCUUUGAUACCUGCCCAGUGUGCUCGAGGCGCUGUAAUGUUUGGCCACGAAGAAAAGGGACUUUUGUUGCAAUAGAUCAACUAUGUCCACACUGUCAAUACUUCCGUCAAUGGAAAAGCCAACCUGUUGUUGGGAGCACACCUUUGGGCAACCUCCAGUUAUCUGCUGCAAUAUAUUUCACCGGUGGAUCGUUCUUCCAAUUAAAAAAGAUAUUCCAAACAAUGCGUGUCAGGAGCAUUACCCACAGAACCUUCCGGAAGCAUGCCAGUAUGUAUCUUGAACCAGCAAUAAUCUACACAUGGAAGAAGGAACAAGAAGAAGUGUUGCAGGAGCUAAGCCAGGGUGACAAAGUAAUUGUGGGUGGUGACAUGAGAGCAGACUCACCAGGCCAUUCAGCAAAGUACGGCAGCUACACUGUUAUGGACCUAAAGAACAAUAUCAUAUUGGAUAUGCAGCUGGUCCAAAGCAAUGAGGUUGGUGGUAGCUACCACAUGGAAAAGGAGGGACUGAAAAGAAGUCUGGAAUUUCUGGAGGCACGUGGUGUGAAGAUUGACUGUAUUGUUACCGAUCGUCAUACACAGAUCCAGAAAUUCUUGAGGGACCGUAAAGUGACGCAGUUCUAUGACGUCUGGCACCUGGAAAAAGGUUUGUCAAAAAAGUUGGAAGUAAUCGCCAAAGACAAAGACUGUCAAGUGGUGAAAAAGUGGCAGCGGAGCAUAAGAAAUCAUGUCUAUUGGACAGCAGCUUCUUCCAAAACAGCUGAGGAGAGAGUAGCGAAAUGGUUGUCUAUGGUAAACCACAUUCAAGAUGUUCACGUCCAUGACACCCCAGCCUUCCCACGGUGUGAACAUGCAACACAUGUAUCAAAGGACCCCACCAAGUGGUUUCAACCAGCAACUAAGGCACUGUACACCGUCGAGAAGCUUCUCACAAACAAGAGAAUGCUGAAAGAUGUUGAGAAACUCAGCCCUCACUUUCAAACUUCGUCUUUGGAAGCUUUUCACAGCGUAAUUUUACGCUUUGCUCCCAAAAACGUUGUUUACCCUUACAUUGGAAUGUUAUGCAGACUGUACUUGGCAUGUAUGCAUUUCAAUGAGAACUCCAACCGUCCUCAGGCUAAAACAAAAACGGGAAAGCCAGUGUAUAGGCUUUUGUUUCCCAAAGCCAAAAAGGGGGAAUACUCCACACGUCCAUUAAAGACACAGGCAACAUAUUGCUAUGUCUACAGAUUGAUGGACUUCCUGUUUGAAAAGGUGAUCCUUGAUCCUCUUCCCUACAUGGAGGAGAUUCACAACAUCAAGGUCCCAGAAACACUCUCAUACCAGUAUGAGAGACCCUCCAUGGAAGAAGCCAUCUCGAGACAUAAAUCGCGGUUCAGUCAAGGGGAGGCCUAAAUCCAACGUAACUGCCUGCCGCGUCAGGAAACUCUUGCCGUAUACGUUGGACGACGCAAGAUGGGAUAACAACUCUGUUACUCCUGCCCAAAUAGCCCCAGCACCAGCUCACAAAACUUCUGUAUGCCAAGUGCCUGUAACGCCUACAGUAAAAGAUUUAAUUUACAGAGUUUUUAUAU